GUUUUGUAGGCGUGGAAGCAGAUGAAUAAGGGUUUCAGUAAGAACGCUAAGCUUGAAUCAAAGAAGCCUACUCGUCCGGACGUGAGAACUUCCUCACAGAAGCCAAAUGAUAAUUGGAUGACUUAUUUAGGUCUAACACCAAAGACAAAUGGAUCCCCUGCAAAUGAUGCAGAACAAAAGGGGUCACAGGAGCAAAUGAAUAAGGGAAUAUCUAGAACAAGUCUAGAGUCUAGUACAAGUGUGGAUCAAACUUCGCAAAAGAAGUCUGAUAGCUGGAAGAAUUAUCUUGGCUUGGGAACAAAGCAUGCGGCACCAUCAUCAGGUAAUGAUGCAUCAUCACAGGAGAAGCCUAAUGGUUUACAUACAAGCACUAGUGAGGAGUCCAAGAAGCAUGCUGCUGCUGCUCUCUCUGCAGUUAAGGAUGCCGCAGCUGCUGCCGCAAUGAAGGGAAAAGUUGAGAUAAUGGAGGUUCGGGAUUUUGCUGGUCGGGAUAUCGAGGUGAAGAAGCUAGUUGAUGCAGAGUCAAAAGAGGCAGCCGAAAAGGGGAAAGCAGCUGCAGCACCCUCGGCUGUGGAUGCUGUGCUCGAACAAAUCAAGAAGAAACAAAAGCUGAGUGUGCUGGACAAGACAAAGAAAGACUGGGGAGAGUUCAAGGAGGAGAAUAAGGGGCUUGAAGACGAGUUAGAAACGUACAAGAAGAGCUCAAACCAGUAUUUGGAUAAGGUUUCGUUCUUGCAGCGAACUGACUAUAGGGAGUUCGAGAGGGAGAGGGAUGCCAGGCUGGCGAUGCAAGCCAGGAGACGAACUGAUAUGCGUGAGGAUUAAUGGAUGCAAGAGCAGAGGUUAGAAUGGAGAAAGAGAGAGAGAGACCCUCCUGUGGGCUAAUUUAUUUUCAUUCUUGGUAAAGGGCUUUGAUUACUGAUCAAGGAUGGCUUAUACAAGUCAUUGUUUGAUUCUGAAUCAAGAGAAAUGAGAGGAGUUGCUGGCUUGUGCUGCAAUCCGGAAAACAGGAGCUGCUGGCAGCAGCUUUUGCCUGGGCUCCAUAAUUGUAUUUGUAUGAAUGGAUCGGAGGGAAACUCAUCAUUUUUUCACGAGUUAUAUUGAUUGAUUUGUGCAUUGGGAGGUUGCAGAGUGUUUCUGUAGGGAUAUUGCCA